CCGGGGCCCCCACGUCAUCAGCCUGAGAGGAGGGCAACCUGCGGCCCGCACUUGACAGAUGUGAAAUGACACCGAACAUUUAUAGGAUCCACCUGGUUACAAAUGGUGUGGGUUUUUAUCAUGAAUCGCAUGAGCUCCCAGAGCAGUUCAUCCACUCAACGUAGGAGAAUGGCUCUCGGGAUUGUCAUACUUCUCCUUGUUGAUGUGAUAUGGGUUGCCUCCUCAGAGCUUACAUCGUAUGUUUUUGCCACGUACAACAAACCUUUUUUCAGUACCUUUGCAAAAACAUCCAUGUUUGUUCUAUACCUCUUGGGAUUUAUUGUUUGGAAACCAUGGAGGCAACAGUGCACACGUGGAUUUCGUGGAAGGCACACGGCUUUUUUUGCAGAUGCUGAAAGUUAUUUUGCUGCUUGUGCAACAGACAACACUGUAAAGAGUUCUUUGAGUGAACCUUUAUAUGUUCCUGUAAAGUUUCAUGAUUUGCCAAGUGAAAAAAGUGGCAGUACUAAUAGUGAUACUGAAAAAACUCCCAAAAAGCCUCGUGUAAGGUUCAGUAAUAUUAUGGAGAUUCGACAACUCCCAUCAAGCCAUGCAUUGGAAGCAAAGUUGUCUCGCAUGUCCUAUCCAACUGUAAAGGAGCAGGAAUCAAUAUUAAAAACUGUAGGGAAACUCACUGCAACUCAAGUAGCAAAAAUCAGCUUUUUCUUUUGCUUUGUGUGGUUCUUGGCAAAUUUCUGUUAUCAAGAAGCACUCUCAGACACACAAGUGGCCAUAGUCAAUAUCUUAUCUUCGACCUCUGGGCUUUUUACCUUAAUCUUAGCUGCUGUGUUUCCAAGUAACAGUGGAGACCGGUUCACCCUUUCCAAACUCCUAGCAGUUGUUUUAAGCAUUGGUGGUGCAGUACUUGUUAAUCUAUCUGGGUCUGACAAAUCUGCUGGAAGAGGUACAAUAGGUUCCCUUUGGUCUCUUAUAGGAGCAAUGCUAUAUGCUGUCUAUAUAGUUAUGAUAAAAAGAAAAAUAGACAGAGAAGACAAGCUCGAUAUACCAAUGUUCUUUGGUUUUGUAGGUCUGUUUAAUCUGCUGCUACUGUGGCCAGGAUUUUUCCUACUUCAUUAUACUGGAUUUGAGGCCUUUGAGUUUCCCAAUAAACUAGUAUGGAUGUGCAUUGUCAUUAAUGGCCUUAUUGGAACAGUUCUGUCAGAGUUCCUCUGGUUGUGGGGCUGCUUUCUUACCUCAUCACUGAUAGGCACCCUUGCGCUAAGCCUUACAAUACCUCUGUCUAUAAUAGCUGACAUGUGCAUGCGGAAGGUGCAGUUUUCCUGGUUAUUUUUUGCAGGGGCAAUCCCUGUAUUUUUUUCUUUUUUCAUUGCAACUCUGUUAUGCCAUUAUAACAACUGGGAUCCAGUGAUGGUGGGAAUUAGAAGGAUUUUUGCCUUCAUCUGUCGAAAGCAUCGAAUUCAGAGAACACCAGAGGAAAGUGAACAAUGUGAAAGUCUCAUCCCUAUGCAUAGUGUUUCUCAAGAGGAUGGAGAUAACUGUUGCUCAUAAACAAGAGUUUAAAGAUGGAAUGAUGAUCAGCGAAGAGACAAUCUCCUGGAAAACACCUAAGGAAUCAUUUUUCAGUGCCUAUUCUGAAUUUGUAGUGUAAAUGUUUCAGUUCUUUUGAAACUCAAAACCAUUUUUUCUUCAUACGUGCUUGUUUUCAUCCGUUUUAUAAAUGAACAACUUGAUUACAUGCAUAUCACCUAUGGCCGUAGAAAAUUCUAAUCCAUUUGAACAACCAGCCUGCCUUAGAGAACUCAACUGGUGAAAUUACUUGACAUAAUCAAGGAAGUGACUGCUGUUCUGGUGACAUUUUUUUUUUCUUUUUCCUUAAGCUUUCACAUUUUUGUUAAAUGCUGGACAAAUUAUUUUUAAAAAAAUACUUUUAAAGUGAAUCAUAAACAAAUCUGCAGGUUGUCAUUUCUUACAGGCUUUCAUAUGAAAAGCUAAAUGCAUAAGUUACCUGUAGUAGGUACGGAUUAACUUUUUUUUUAUGUUGUGCAAACCCUAUUUGAAUAUAAAUACAAGAAAAUAGAGAAAAUAUUUUAAUUUAUUGAAUAAAUGCAUUCUUUGCAAGUUAUUGGAGCAGGAUCUUUGUAAGGUUCUCAAACACUACAUGUAUUGUCUUAUCCUGUUUUAAGAAUACUUGUAACACAGUGGGUGCUCAUGUUUAAAAAUUUAUUAUGACCUAACAAACUGAAACUUUUAGUUUUAGUAUAAAAAGGUUAUCUAUUUAUCAUUACUAUAAGCAUAGUUGGUCAGGUACUUGAAGUCACUACUGCCACUGUCAGUGACAGAAUUCGGGGCUAGGUGGACUCUUGGCCUGACCCGGUAUGGCACUUAAUAUAUUCUUAUCUUCUAAAUGAAAGUUCAUAGUAUAGAAUCAAUCUAUUUUUAAAUGGCUUUAAUAGUCCAAAUUAUUUAAUAUUGAGAACUCUGAAUGAGCUUUCUAUUUCUGGAAAGCAUCCAGUAGACUUCUAAAUUUUGUAAUUACUGACUCCUCUCAACCACAAUCUGAUAAGUAAUUUAAAGUCAGAGAUGCCUAAUUUAAUAAUGAAAUUAUUGUGUAAUGGCUAUUUUUGUAUGGCUCAAGUCUUCCAACCUACUGCCACGCUGCUCUGUUUGUUGAAAUGUGAUAAAUGAAUUAAUGUUUUCAAUAGGACUGUAGAUUGUCAUUGCUGUAUUUAGAAAAGUAAAAUAGUACAACUUUUGCCAGUGGAUAUAAACCCUGGAAAGAAAUACUGAUGCUAUACAUUAAAAUUAAUAAAGUAUCUGGACUAGAUGAGAAGCCCAUAAGUAUAUGUCCAGUUGUUGACUGCUUCAGUUACCCAGCGUCUCCAAGCAGAAAGGAACUUGAAAUGCUAUUUUGGACUCUUAAUAGUUGACCUUCAGUAGAAUUGUGGCUGUUUGGCAAGAAAAGAAUUUUGAUAAGAGUAAAAAUGUUUUUAGGAAGCAUGACAAUUUCAGAGUAUGUGAGCUACAUACUUUCUGCAGGCUCAGACAAGCCAUUAAGACAUACUGGCUGUGGAAUACUAAUAGUUAUUUCCUUAAAUAAUGUUUUGAUCCUCCAUUGAGAUUUGGCUUUUAUCAAGCUAGCUUAGUUAAUGCCAACACUAAAUUAUGUUCUCCAUAGCAACUAGACAGGAAGAAUUGUGGCAUCUGCAGAGAUAAGCUUGGCAAGGCUAAUUUUGCUUUCAAACAGGUGUCUUGCAGUAUUUUAGGGAGAAUACUAAUGUUUGCUUUUCAGAUUGAUUACUGACCCAGAGUAGUAUUGAACUGUAGGUAUAACAGUCAACCAGAACCCAUAUUUAACUCUACAAGAUAUAAUUGAAAAUACAGUCAAUCAUCAAAUCCCUUCCUCGCUCCCUCCUCCCCCGGACACACACACAUCAAUAUUAAGUUGAGUAGAGAUGUACUUCGUUUUGGGAAAAAAAUAACAUUGAUGUGCAGAGGAAAAUCUCUCUCUCUGAGCACCCUAAAAAGGUUAAAAUAACACUGUGUGUUUAACCAAACAAUUCAAAUGCUGCCACCUCCUCACUGAUUCUUUUUCUUUAAAAUAAUAAAAUUAAUUGUUCUAGAAUUCUUAGUGCCGUUAUUUAAAAAAAGAAAAAGGAAAGAAAGAAAGGAAAAGUGUUAAAUACCUGAUGUGACUUCAUAAAUAUUUUGAUUGAGCUAUUGGGAGUGGUAUGUAAAAUAUAAAAUAAAUUAUUCCUGGAAGGCCUUAGGUUUUUUUAAACAAUGGUGCCCCUAAGUUACAAGAGCUAUACAUUACAGUAUUAAUUACUGAGGCUAUGUUAUGACAUGUUACAUCGCACCUGCAUUUAAUAGAAUGUGAUGAGACUUUUUCUAUAUCAACUUGUGAUUUUUAGUACAAGAACACCUUUUAUAAAUAUACUGUCUUGUUAGAAAUGUAAAUCUUGUAGCUUUCUAUAAUAGGUGCUUGGAAAAUGCACAAGAGAUUUAGCUUUGAAUCUCAGGUACCUCUGAUAUAGUGGUGACAGGCUGAAUAUUUUUUACAUGACAUGCAACUGGAAUCAGUUUCUUGUUACAGUAAUGUGAAAGAAUUCUCUUGUUUAAAUUUUGCAUCCUCAUUGUGUGCUGGCAUAACUGGACAAUGUUCUGUUUUACUUUAAUUGGAAUGUCUUGAUUCUGACUUAUUUCCUGUGGGAAGUGCAUACACUUAAUGGAUCCUAAUCUUCUAACUUUUGAACUGAGCAUUACUUUGAAUGCUAUUGCACACGUGAAGAGCAGUGAUUCCCAUAUAUGCCUACAUAAUAGAAAAAGAAUGCCACGUGUAUAAGCUCUGCCUAGCAAUUAACUAAUUUUUGUAACAUCCUUAUGAGGCAGCUAAAUAAUUAUCAUCUUUUCUAUACAUGAAGAUGUUUUUACAUAUGAGUUAUUUUCUAAAAUGUCACAAAAUGAGUCCUAGAAUUUAGGAGUCUGGUGAGAGUCUUGUGAUCUCUAUAAUACAGUGCUUUGCAAUCCAGUUUUUGUUACAUUCAGCUUGAUCCAUUAAAUACAGAAAAUUGCAUUAACUUCUUACUGCUUGUGUCUGCAGUGCAAAGCAGUUAAACACGUGUGAUCUCAAGCACCUGAGUAACCCCGAUGUAGUGUCACACACAUGAUUCAAUACUUCGCUGGACUGGUGUCUUCAGUGACCACAUCCUUUAAAAUGCCCAAGGGCAUUUUAAAGUGAAGGCUGAAAAUACAGUAUUGCACAUGUUGGGCAUGUGAUACUUGACACUGUGCUGCUUGUAUGCAUUGCAUGUAGCUGUAACUGUUUGCAUUGCAUACCUCUCUAACAUACCAGGCAAGAAAAGAGAGUCUGAUGAUUGAUUUUCCUUGCCUUAUGCCAUUGUAAUUGCCAUUCUGUCUUUUGCUUAUCCCAACUGUGCCUAGGUAUUGCUGUUUACUGUAGUAAUUGCUUUAAUUAAGGUGUCAGAGUGACGACUUUGUGACACCUGGCUCCAUAUUUAUAAUUUUUUGAAAGAAAAUGCUGAUUAUGUUGAAUUUUGCAAUUUUUGAUCCCUAUUUAAAAGAGACAUCUGUCUUGGAGAAACAAGUGAAUUGCAGUGAGCCUAUUUUAAGUUACAAGAAGAGAAAGGAUUAGAAAACUGGUUGGAUGCAAGGUGAAUUUAUGCAUGCAAAGUCUAAUUUAGCAUUGAAGUAGCCUCAGGAAGACAGACUCUUAACUGAUUUCUUAUUGCUUCAGUGACUCUAAAUAAAAUUAAAAGGCAGUAAGUUAAUGUUAGGAGUUAAGGUUUCUAGUGCAGUGCUGAGUGAUAGGACUACACUGUAUUCAUAUUUUUUAUCCCAGUGUAAACCCUUACGAUAUUACCAUUUUUUAAAAAAAGAUCUGUAUACCAUAAUAUAUGUUGCCUCUGCUAUUUGUUAGGUUGGGUGUUUUAUAUUUUACUGGGGAGGGGGAGUUGCAGCCAAAGCUUUAUCUCCUAAUAUUUCCUGGCAGGGUGUGGCAGGUGGAGUGUGGGAGUGUGUUCAGUUUCUCUUGCCUCCCAACUUUCUGCUGAAGUACCACUACUAGUUCUUUGUGCUGUAUAUAAAAUGUCUCAUGGCAUUAUCUCUAAGAGAAACGGAAAUGAUUUUCUACAGAGCACAAAGUGAUUACUUAUACCAAAUGGGGUGAUUUAAAAACAAAAUGGCAGUCAUUUGUAAGUUUCAUUCAGCUCUUUAAUAUCAUAGCUUUCAUAUUUAAUUUCCUUUCAGAAAAACAGCUGCAUACAUAGAUUUAUACUUCAUGUGGUUUAUCUGCAUGGUUGUACCUUACAUCAUCUGCACAGGAUAACAUAGCAGUUAAUAGGACCAUGCUGAUUUCCAACCUUCCCCCCCCAGCUACCUCUGUACCAGUGAUAAUAUAGUGAUGCUAAUAUUCAGGGUAUUCUAAUCUAACCUAAGACAUAACUGAAGCAGAAUCCCUGAUUCCGGAGUGGAGUGCUAGUAUCUAAGUACUAACACCAAUAUAUUCCUUAAUAUAAAUGAAAUUUUGCAAAGGACAGACCAUUCAGUAUUUUUUCUUAGCAGAGUUACUUCCUGAGCUAACUUAAGAUUUGAUCUAAAGCCUACUGAAGUUUUUAGGAGCCAUUCCAUGGCUAGUCAGACCUACUGGCUGCUGACACACAUUUGGUUAAAAGUGUGAUUGUCAGCUGGCUCUAGAGACUGACUGAGCCGGUUUGAUUCCCCCAGGGCCAGGCCCUGAUCAGCUGAUCAGUAACUAGCAGGGACCACACUGGAGGCCAUUAGAGCCCCAGUGUGGUCCACCUGGCCACACAUUCAUCUGCCAUUUGAAAUCAGCCACAAAUUUUAUUACACAUUUUUUUGUAAUAAAUUUUGUGGCUUUCUUUGCGUUUUGUUGUGCCAUUAAUCACCUGAAUUUGUGGCCAGGCAACACUAUAAGAUACAAUUAACUGGUCUUAAUCGCAUCUAAGUAACAUGGUCUAAGUAACUGAUUUAAGUAACGUCUGCCAAAGACGAACUGAAAGGCUAUCUCAAUCAUUUUGAUCUUUCUUUCUGUAUAGUAUUUCCACGUGCGGUUUACCUUUGGAAUAUUCUUUAUUAAAAUAUUGCAUGGUAUCAGUUAAUGGGACUUAAUGCAGUAAAAAAAAUCCAGUGAGCCUUUAAAAGCAAUCAUUUUCUUCUUCUCCAAAAAAGGUUUGUGUAGAAAGGCAACUAUUAGUUGUUCAUUUAUUAUCUUCCUUACAAUUGCUGUACUUCUUUCUGUGUUUUAAAAAAAAAUGAAUUUUUGUUUUAUAUUAUUGGUGGGUUUUGUUUGUUUUUUGUUUUGUUAUUUUUGUUGCUGUGCACCUUGAGCAUUUUGGCUGGGAAUGCUCCGCAAAGAUGUGAAUAUCCCACAGAGUAAAUAUGAUGCAGGGAUGUUUGUAUGGUUAUUGAUGCACAAUUUGAUGUUGUUCCGUUAUAAAAAUACCUAGUCCCAUGCUGAGGGCAGCUAGCCUAGCACUAAGUGUAUAAUAUGCAAAUCCCUACAUGCUCAUCAGUUACAGCCUAACAUUUUACAGCUCUUGACAAUAAACAUGGCCACUCUUCCCAAUUGCUCCAUCCUUUUUAUCACUGCCCUUAUAAACCUGAUGUAUUGUUUCAGAGGGAGAUUUGCCUUGCCUAAUGAGUAAUUGUUAAAAAAAUUAAAUGAUAAAAUUAUUUUUUCUCCUGUCUUCUACAUACAGAAAUAGAAGGGGGAAAAGGAAUCCAGUCUUACACCAGGCAAGGGGUUUCAUUUUUUUUUUUUUAAGGUAAAAAUAAGUUUUAAAAAUUCAUUGGACAGAUCACAACUUUGUCAAACAUCUUUUAGCUGCAAAAUGGUGAGAGGAGGAGAACUCAUUAAAACAACAGUUGUAAUUAGGAAUGCUUGCUGUUAACUUGGCAAUAACCGUAUCCUGGGUUAAUAGACCCCUCUCCAUUUGACAUUGGAAACUUAUUUAACACAGAAUGUGGGUACAAGUUCAGUGAAUGCUCUAGAGUUAACUGAGUAAUAAUGUUGAAAUCUGGCCUUUGAAUCUUAAUUGUUUAGUUGCAAAUUGUGAAAGGCUUGGAAGUACUUUGAUUAGACUAUGCACAUGCUAAGUAAUUUUGAUUCAGUUUUAAAGCGACCUGAUAGAUAAAACUGUGAUCCGAUUGCUGGUAAAUGUCCUGUGCAUUUAGGUUUAAAAGUCAAUACCAAAUUGGGAGAGGCAGUUUAAACAAACUUACAUUAAACAUAGUCACUUAAUCAACCUUUUGUUGACUUCCAUGUUGAACUUAAGGUAAAUCUGAUUUUAGCACUGGCUCGUGAUAGCCAAGUGAUUCCUGGUAGUGACUUUAGGUUUGAUAGCUUGAGGUAGAGAUGUAAAAGGUGAGCUUAUUUCCAAAACAUUUUUCUUUAGCCUUUUUUAUUUUUUUUAGUGAUAGGUGGCUAACUAACCUUUUCAAAUCUUUUAGAAUUUAAAGAUAAUCAAAACCCAUAAUUUUGAACUGGAAAUUUUUUGCUGCAGAUUAUGGCAUUAAAAUGUUGUAAUAAAAUUGAGCUCUCUGCAUCUUGAAAUGAUUUGAGAAGCAAGACUUAAAGCAGACAGCCACUCUUGAGUGUUGCAAAACCACUAGAUUGAAGUGAUGAAGAUACUGUGCAUUGUUUGUAUGAAGUGUUUAGAGGUUCCUAAUUAUUCAGAUGUUUCAAAAGCACAGAAGUUCUAGGUACACAUCUUCUAUGAAAUAUUUUUGUGUCAACAUAACUUUGUAACACACUUUCCUUAGUGAGACUAGAGCCUCAAUUGCUGGUCACUGAUGCAUAUUGCAUUUGCACUUAAAUAAAUCCUAGUUUCAAAGUGUUUUAAACCUUGAUCUAUUUUUGAUAAACAGAAAUGUAGCAUUUUUAUCUGAUUUCCAGUCAGUGAUGAAUAUAUGCAUGGAGAGAAAAAUAUUAUACUGACUUGACGCAGUGAUUUAAAACCAAGAAAGCAGCAGGAUGGCACUAGAAAUUGACAUAAAGAUGUAUGUCUCCUAUGGGAACUGUACCUCCAGUUCCUUGCUUGAUUACCAAAUUAUGCUCCCCAUUUAGUCCAGAUUCCAUGCUGGUGAAGCAGAGACUAGAUCCUUGCCUUUACUUUUUAUGAGUAAAUACUGGCUUUAACAGGGACUUCCUUUGUCUGUUGCUUCAUUUUCUGAGGGACAUCAGUUAAAUUAAAUAGCAUAGUGUUGUAUUUUUUAAACCACAAAAAUUAAAAUCAGAUUAAACAAUUAAUUAUUUUGGAAUUUGGAUGGUAUGAGUAGAGGUCUAAGAAGUAUAGGCAUAUAUUAGGAAUUUCAAACACUGCUUAUAUAUUUUUAAACAAUCAAAGUAUGUAUGAUUAUAUGAAAUAUAUAAUGAUGAAAAUGAGAAAAGAUUGUUGUGUUGACAGAUUUAAAUUGGAAUUUUUUAUAAUAUCCAAUACCAAAACCCUAUAAAAGGGCUAAUGAAAAGAAAAUAUUAUGUAUUCUAAUGAACAGCUUGUGUAAUACAAUUGGUGUGAUGUUUUUGUUCUGUAUUAUAUUUAUUGUAUGUCAGUAAAAAUAAAAAUUAUAUGUCUUGUUUCCUUAACAGAAA